GACAUGAGCAUCAAUCACAAAGACUGGGCGGCAAGCAUUGUCUCGAAGAUGACCGAAGAGGAGAAGUAUCGCAUGAUCAUGGGCGUUGGCUUUGCAGGCUUCAAGGCGAAAAAGGGCUACUACAUCGGCUCGGUUCUCGGGGUGCCUCGGCUGGGCGUGCCCUGCAUCAAGAUGCAGGAUGGAUGUGCUGGCUUCCGCACCACGGACGAGGACAUGCUGGGCACUGUCACAUCGUGGCCCUCGCCGCUGUCCCUCGCCGCCACGUGGGACGCGGAACUCGUGGAAGAUUGGGCCGCAGCUAUGGGUGACGAGUUCCGAGCCAAGGGUGCGAACAUGAUCCUGGCUCCCGCCGUCAACGUGCAUCGGGAGCGGGUCUUGGACAUUCUCGCUUGA